CCCACCCAUCUCCUUCGUCCUUCGCUGCGCCAUUCUCCGAUCGGACCACCGGGCCAGUAGCAGAGCGGGUCGUGACGUCAGCAGCCAUGGUGAAGGCCUACCCCACGGUGAGUGAGGACUACCUCAAGGCGGUCGACAAGGCCAAGCGCAAGCUCCGCGGCCUCAUCGCUGAGAAGAACUGCGCCCCGCUCAUGCUCCGCCUCGCCUGGCACUCCGCGGGCACCUUCGAUGUGGCCACCAAGACCGGGGGGCCCUUCGGCACCAUGAAGAACCCCGCCGAGCAGGCGCACGGAGCCAACGCCGGACUGGAAAUUGCCGUCAGGCUGCUAGAGCCUAUCAAGGAGCAGUUCCCCAUCCUAUCCUAUGCUGACUUCUACCAGCUUGCCGGAGUCGUGGCAGUUGAGGUAACCGGCGGACCUGAUGUCCCCUUCCACCCUGGGAGGCAGGACAAGCCUGAGCCUCCGCCAGAAGGCCGCCUUCCUGAUGCCACCCAAGGUUCUGAUCACCUCAGGCAGGUUUUCUCCACACAGAUGGGUUUGAGCGACCAGGACAUUGUUGCACUUUCUGGUGGUCACACCCUGGGAAGAUGCCACAAGGAUAGAUCUGGGUUUGAGGGAGCCUGGACAUCCAACCCUUUAAUCUUUGACAACUCUUACUUCACGGAGCUUCUGAGUGGAGAGAAGGAAGGCCUUCUACAGCUACCAAGUGACAAAGCCCUCCUCUCUGAUCCAUCCUUCCGCCCACUUGUUGACAAAUAUGCAGCGGAUGAGGACGCUUUCUUUGCUGACUACGCCGAGGCCCACCUGAAGCUUUCCGAAUUGGGAUUUGCUGAGGCGUAAGGUGAGGUGCUCAUAAAGAAGGGGACAGGCGGGGCAGGGCUGGGCAGGUGCGGAUGAAGAUUGUUGCCUAGCUGAUUUAUCUUGUCUUGCUGGCUAUUUGGCAUCUAAGACCAAUGAGAACCAGAAGAGUAUGGUGGAUGUAAUAAACAAUCGUCGGCCUUGUGAGGCAGGCCCAUCUUUUGUGUGUUUCCCUUGAAUGGUUAGAGUAAUGUGAUUUCCUUUCCGGCAUUGAUGAACUCAGCUGAAGAUGUAGUGUGUAAUGUCAUGGUUCGUUUUUCUAUUUAUUAUUUAUCUAUAUCUAUCGAUAUCGAAGCUCUGAUA